GAAGCGUAGUCUGACUGACAGGCUUGUGAACUUGCUGGUUUGUAAGGUCAGGGGCUGGGGAGACUACAUGUCCCAUGAGGGAGAUACUAUAAAGCUGAGACUGAGCCUGCGGGGGCUGAAAGUCUGACUUCUGUGUGCGGAGGUAAGGGUGCCAGUAACUCAUACUGAGCUAGCGGCUUUACAGGUUGAACGAAUAGGACAGGUGAGACGUCUGAGCAGCCAUUUAGUAACUGUGUGCCGGAGGUAGCCUUAGCUACAAACCUCAGUGUACGGAACAUGCAGCAAGCAGUUAUUUCAAACCUCUAUGGACUCUGCCCUUGUGUGUGACACUCAUCCAGAAGCUUACUGAUAACCUCCCUGACUACAUAGCAACCAGCCCUGAAAAGCCUCAUUGGCACUAAAAUGCAGAGGUGAAGAUUCUGGCUUCAUCCCCAAGGAUGGCUGUGCCCUGUAUCCUUCUCCUGGGCGAGCUUAUCAUGGAUUCCAUGGGAGAACUGGUGAACUCUCUGGUAUCUGACUGCUGUAGUGCAAGGUUUGCUUUAAAUGACUCCUGCCCCAUGGGUGAAAGAUGCAGUCCAGGAUGUUACCGUGUCUGGUCUAGUAACGGAAGCACUUCCUGCAUUAAAUGUGCUAAUGAGACCAACAUGGAAAUCUCUCACAAUCUGACAGAGUGCAGAAAUAUUACCGCUGACGCAUUGGAAAUCCACACCAAUAUCAGCAUAACCCCAUCUGUUCCUCAUCACUUAAGUAAUCCUGGGAUAGCUGCGUCUCUCCUGCUGGGAACACUCUUCAUCGGCCUUUUCCUCGUCCUUUCUGUGGCCUUGUUCUUUUACCUCAAGCGCUCACACAUGCUGCCGGAAAUCUUCUACCGGCGGAAUAGAGCAUCAAUCUUUGAGCCUAGUGAAAUGGCAUCAAUGAUUCCCGAUCAGAGCUCCUCAGUUCGGAAGCAGAGAUAUGUCAGACGUGAACGGACGCACAAAGCACCUGCCCCAGUGCUGCUGGAUGCAUCAGCAAAUACCAAAGUCAGCAACAUUUAAUCGUCUGAGCAGCGCAAAGUGGACAGGUCUCGCUGUGCCGCAGCAUCCAGAAGCAGAAUGGUGUGGACGCGUUGGGGGGAUGACAUGUGGAGCAUAGAAUCCUUUCUGAAGGUUUGGAAGGGCUGGUGUCUCGCCCACAGAGCAAGAGAUUGGCCCAGUUUAAGCCUCUGGCUGACAUUCACACGUUGACUGUGCAAUUUUGUGAAGUGGUUUCAUAGAAAGACUAAGAAUACUUCACUCCUCACUGAUUAGGAACCUGAGGAAUAUGCAUUUUUGGAAAAUGUUGCUGUUAAACCAUCUUAGUUGUCAAUGAAUUUCUAUGUAAAAUAGGCAGUUUUUUAAUAUGAAGGAUUUUUUUUUUUUUAUAUACACACUUCAAUUGCAUUAAUAAAUGAAGGAAAGGA